GGAGACGGUGCUGGUCCGCCAUUUCGUGGACGACGGGUGUGGGAGAGUAUCUGUGGGUGCCAGGCGCGAGGGGACCGGGAAGACCCAGCCGAGGGUGUGUGGAUUUGAGUCUACGCGCUUCUAACCCGAGAUCUCGAAAUGCAUCGUGAUUCCUGUCCGUUGGACUGUAAAGUUUAUGUAGGUAAUCUUGGAAACAAUGGUAACAAGACUGAAUUGGAACGAGCUUUUGGCUAUUAUGGACCACUCCGAAGUGUGUGGGUUGCUAGAAACCCUCCCGGCUUCGCUUUUGUUGAAUUUGAAGAUCCCCGAGAUGCAGCCGAUGCUGUCCGAGAGCUAGAUGGGAGAACACUAUGUGGCUGCCGAGUAAGAGUGGAACUGUCGAAUGGUGAAAAGAGAAGUCGAAAUCGUGGCCCACCUCCUUCUUGGGGUCGUCGCCCUCGAGAUGAUUAUCGGAGGAGGAGUCCUCCACCUCGCCGCAGAUCUCCAAGACGGAGAAGCUUCUCCCGCAGCCGGAGCAGGUCCCUUUCUAGAGAUAGGAGAAGAGAGAGAUCACUGUCCCGGGAGAGAAAUCACAAGCCGUCCCGAUCUUUCUCUAGGUCUCGUAGCCGAUCUAGGUCAAAUGAAAGGAAAUAGAAGACCAGUUUGCAAGAGGAGUGGUGUACAGGAAAUAACUUCAUUUGACAGGAGUAUGUACAGAAAAUUCAAGUUUUGUUUGAGACUUCAUAAGCUUGGUGCAUUUUUAAAAUGUUUUAGCUGUUCACAUUUGUUUGUCUCUUGGAACAGUGACACAUAAAGGUGUAAUUCUCUAUGGUUUGAAAUGGAUCAUAUGAGGCAUGUAAUAUCAAGAAUUGUUACUUUACAAUGUUCCCUUAAGCAAAAUUGAAUUUGCUUUGAAUUUUUAGUCUUGCAUAGACUGAUAAUAAAAAUAAACCUCUUAAUUCCUGCCCAGCUAAAGUGUGAUGUUUAAUAUUACGGAAACAAAACUGGCAAAAAUUAAAAAGACUCUGUAGCUGGGAUAUGGUAUGCAGCUGUAGUUAAGCAGUCUUUAAAAGCUGCUGUGAACACAAGCCAGCAGGUAAAAAUUAAAGCUGCACCCUUAAACUAGAUUAGAGGUUUAAAAAUUCCACUAGUCUUCACACUGGACAAGAGGUUGUCCAGUGGGUUUAGAAUCUAAGAAGUUUCAAGAAAGUUAGUUUACCUUUGCUUUAGGUCGUAAGUUCCUUCUGUGAUUGCUGUAUAUGGAUACAUAGCUCUUUGUAAUAUUAUUUGGAAAUUUGAGACUAUUCAAGAUACCCAUGUCCUGCCAGUUUAAGGGUACAUUGUAGAGCUGAACUUUGAGUUACUGUGCAAGAUUUUUUUUUUCAUGCUGUCAUUUGUAAUAUGUUUUGUGAGAAUCCUUGGGAUUAAAGUUUUGGUUACAAAUUGUU